AUUUUCCUUGGUUAGCAUUCAAAGUUCUCACAAAAUCUUUGGCAAUUGUAAUCUCCUUAGGAACCACCCAUAGCCAUCCCAUCUUAUCCAUUUCCCCACUCAUUUUUCUCCAUACAAACCCCAUUUCUCCCUUCCCUCUCAAUCCAAUCCUCUUCAACUUCACCCAAAAUUCCUCUUUCACACACAGGCAACUCUAUGGCGACUGCCUCCGCUACCCUCUCGCCGGCCAUGUCCACCGCCGCCCCCAUCGCCGCCGGCUCAAGGCGGAGCCAGAGGCACCACAAUGUCCACUACAUCACUGGCCUCAACUCCUUUGGUGGGCUGAAGGCUCACAACAAUGUCGUCUCCUUGGGCCUUCCCCUGUGCCCUGACCACUCCUUUGCAAAAAUUGUGAGUUCUUUGAAAUAUCCAUCAAAAGGAAAGGGCAAAAAUGGCGGCGGCGGCGGCGCCCUGUCCUCCACCUGUAAUGCCGCCGGUGAGAUUUUCAGGAUUGCGGCCAUUAUCAAUGGGCUGGUUCUUGUGGGAGUGGCUGUUGGGUUUGUUCUUCUCCGGAUUGAGGCAUAUGUGGAGGAGACAGAGUGAGAAGCAAAUGGUUGAUUGAUUAUAUUGUUCACUUGUCAAAUUUGUAAGUUAUCUGUUACCUUUUACCAGUUAUUGUAGAACUCAAUUGUUUCUCUCGAUCAAAACAAUUGACAUAAUUCAUUUUGGUUCCCUCCCCUCCCCCUUUCUCAUUCCAAAAUAAUGGCAAUGUAGAAGAACAUGUUCAUCUGCUUGGAUCCCCUGGAAGAGGAAAAUGCAUAUUCUUGUAAAUUUUUGUGUUGCUUUGAAUCUUAGACAUAUAUAUAUGCUUUAGCAGGCAUUUCUUGUGAGAUCAA